UUAAUUUUCAAAAAUAAAAUAUGAAGAAAAAAAGUUAAUGUUUUUAUGGAAGUGAAUAAUAGUAAAUUAAUUUAUUUUUUAAAUUCAAAUUUUUUUUUUCCCGCGAAAUGUAAUUUAAUUGGUGGCUAUUAAAUAAAAUUGAGGAAUUUAAAUAAAUAAAAUUUAGGACUUAAAAUAAAAUAAAUAAAUUAAGUUAACAAAAAUUACAAUGAUGCCGAUAAAAUGUAAAUGGUAUAAAAUGGCACUGAUAUUGACCUUAAUGGAAUUUAUUUAUCUAACUAAUGGCCAGUCACCAAAUCAAUCAGCUAGUAAUAUAACGGAUACAAAAAAUCGCACUAGUAAUGUUCCACAUUUGUCAACACGAAGAAAAAGAUUCGUAAGGUAUCCGUCAGCUGGUAAUUAUUUAUUCGAAAAUAAUCCACCUGGAGUUAGCGCAAGAAUCGGUUACCCGAUAGCAAGAUUUUCUCCAGUCCAGUCGUUUCAACCGGCGCCGUCUGUCUGGCGCCAGGCGAAAUCAUCAUUUUGGCGAUCGCCCAUUGAAAACUUUCCAUCGAGACCUGUUUUGGCCCAUAGAACUCCCAGAUUAAUAUUCCGCGAUGACUUUCCAACAUUUCCUGCCAGUGGAGUUGGUUCAUCUUUUUUCCAAACGAAUCAAUUGUCGCCUGAAGUUGAUGACGAAUUUCGAGAUCAACGGAAACAAAUUUUUACCGAUUAUCCAAAACUUGAAACCGAGAAAUCGCGGACCGAAAAAAAACCAGCAUGGGAAGGUGACGACAGUUUAUGCUCAGACGGACGAAGCUGUGAAUUUUUUCUUAAGUGUUGGAUGACAUCUGGGCUAUUGGAUGGAAGUUGUGGUGGUAUUAUGUACGCUUGUUGUCAUCGUAAAGACGCUAAAGCUAUUGCUGGUGAUUAUAAUCUUAUUGAAACGCCUAGAGAACAAUUAUUACAUCCCCAGCUUGCUUCGCCGGACAAUACGAACACCGAACAUGUCAGUGACGAUCAUCAAUGCGGAAUUUCGUCGAGCAAACAAACGGCUCAGAGACGGAUCGUCGGAGGUGAUGACGCUGGUUUUGGAAGUUUUCCUUGGCAGGCUUACAUACGAAUAGGAUCAAGUAGAUGUGGAGGGACGUUAGUCAAUCGUUACCACGUUGUCACGGCUGGUCAUUGUGUUGCUAAGGCCUCGGCGAGGCAGGUACAGGUCACUUUGGGCGACUAUGUCGUCAAUUCAGCGACCGAAAAUUUACCGGCUUAUACUUUUGGCGUAAGGGAAAUUCGAGUUCAUCCUUACUUCAAAUUUACGCCACAGGCUGAUAGAUUUGAUGUCGCUGUUCUGAGGUUAGAUCGGCCUGUUCAUUAUAUGCCUCAUAUUUCUCCGAUCUGUUUGCCGGAUAAAAAUGAAGACUUUUUGGGACAGUAUGGAUGGGCUGCUGGUUGGGGCGCUUUACAAGCUGGUUCGAGAUUAAGACCAAAAACCCUGCAGUCCGUAGACGUUCCAGUGAUAGAUAAUAGAGUCUGCGAACGAUGGCACCGCUCUAAUGGUAUCAAUGUUGUUAUCUAUGAUGAGAUGAUGUGCGCAGGAUAUCGCGGUGGUGGAAAAGAUUCAUGUCAGGGUGACAGCGGCGGUCCUUUGAUGCUUGAAAAAACCGGCAGAUGGUAUCUCAUCGGUAUAGUUUCCGCUGGUUACUCGUGCGCCCAACCAGGACAACCUGGUAUUUACCAUCGUGUUGCUAAGACAGUUGAUUGGAUUACCUACGUCAUUAAUUCGUAAUCUACAGUAUCAUUUUUUUUUAAUUAUUAAAAAAAAAAAAAAAAAAAAAGAAAAAAAAAACAGUUUAUUGUUUUUAUGUUUUAAGUAUUUUAAUGCAUACAAUUUAUAAAUAAAUAUUUAUUAAUUAGUCUUUAAUGAAGUAUAUAUGAAAAAAAAAAAAAUUUUUUUUUAG